GAAGAAGAGGAGAGAUAGAUUCAUCCCUUCUUCGUUUUUUAUGCGGCUGCGACGAUCAUGGGUGCUUUCCUGUGGAGCUCCAGCACCUCGAAGAGAGCUGCCAAGGAUCGAGUAACUCUUGAUGAGGAAGAAGUCGAGGAGAUGGAGCGCCAUCCUUCUCCUCUUCCUCCCCCUCCUCCUCUUGUGCUCCACAGCAUCGAAGCCGCGUGCCUGGAGGAGCUCCUCUUCGAUCCGGAAGCCGACUACGCCCAGGUGCUAGAGGAAGCUCGGAGCUACGCCAAGCAAGCAGCCGCAUCCAACAAGAGAGCGAUCCACGAGGACGGCAAGAACCACCAAGAACACCAUCCAAAAUCUUCCAAGCAGAGCACGAGCAAUGGAAAGUACCAGCGGACAGCCAAGGUCUACUUCGUGCCCCCUCCUAUUCUCGACGAUCACAGCCGGCGCCAGCAAUCCCCCGCCAAGAAAAAGAGGACGAAAUCCUGGUCCUGGAUCGAUCCGCUGCUCCUACUCUGGCGCAGCGGCCACAAAUCCUCGCGGAGUCACCACGCCGGCGCCAAGAUCCAGAGCUCCUCGCGAAAUCACCACGACAAGAUCAAGAUUUCCGAGAAUGCGCCCCGGAGGAAGAAAUCCAGCGCCUCCGGCCCACUGCCGCUCUACACUGAUGGAAAUCGCGAGAAUCCACGACCGUGGCACAGGAACUGGAGUAGCAGCAUUGAUUCGCGAGGCCAAUCCGGCCCCCUGGCCGCCAUCUCUUGCAGCGCCAAGCAAGACGCUGCCUCGCCCUACGUCCCAUUACACCACUGUACGAACGGCCCGCCAAGAAAGUGGACAAGUGGCCCAUUGUACGUAACAUCGUGACCUAGGAUCGAACGGUUCCCGCGCUUUGCUC